AUGUAAACAGAAUAAUUUUUUUUUGAUUCUUCAAAUACCAAUGAUAAGAAUCAGUGGGUUAAGCUAGACUCUAUCAAGAGACCCAUCUCCACUAUCAGAUUAUUUGAAGGGACACUAUUCAUGAAAAGCAAGAAACAAGAUGUUUUUAAGCCUAAAUUUUUUAAGUUGUUUUCUGACAGACUGAACAUCUAUAAAGUAUGAUAGAAAUUAAUCUUUAGAAUGGGAGGGAGCAAAAGGAAAUUGCUGCCUUAUUCUUAACAAACGUGUAUUUGGACUUAAAAUUCCUGGGUGAAUAGGAGAAGGAUAAAUUUCCUAUAAUCUUAUUAAACGGAAAUCGAAAGUUGGUGUUGAAUGCUCGGUCUUAAGAAAGCCAAACCAAAUGGAUUGAAUAAUUCAAGAAAACCUGCAUUCUGAACAAUUAUAGGGGUGUCUACACUAACAUUAAAGUGUUGGGCAAGGGCACAUUUGCAAAGGUAAUAUAAUGCAUAAAUAAGGUUUUAUUAGCUGAAAAAAUAGGAAAUAAAUCCAAAUUUGCAGUUAAGACCUUCCAGAAAUUGGCAUUGAUGGACAAAACUAAUACUCAACGGGUAUUUCUAAUGAAAAUAGUUUUUAGUAAGGAUUAUUAAAUGAGAUAAAUUUGUUGAGAUCAUGCGAUCAUCCGAAUAUCAUCAAACUGUAUGAGAUCUAUGAAAGUGGCGAUUAUAUUUAUUUAGUUAUGGAGUUGCUGGAGGGAGGUGAAUUAUUUGAUUUAAUACUUGAGACUCCCUAAUUUAUUGAGUCUAAAAUAGCAUUAAUCAUGUUCAAAAUAUUUGAUGCCUUGGAGUAUCUUCAUACGAAGGUAUUAUUACUACUAACCAAUCAAGAAUAUUAUGCAUAGAGAUAUAAAGCCAGAGAAUAUAUUAUUAAAUGAUAAAUCAGACAAUUUCGAGCUGAAAAUAGCUGACUUUGGUUUAGCAUCCUACACUGAAAGUGAAUUGCAAAUCAAAAGAUGUGGCACUCCAGGCUAUGUAGCACCAGAAAUCCUUUAAGAUUAAAAAUAUAAUGAAAAAGUGGAUGUUUUCAGUGCUGGAAUUAUACUCUAUAUAUUGUAAAAUACUUUUAAAAUGAUAGACUAACUGGCUAAGCCCCAUUUUAUGGCAACAGUUUGGACGAUGUGAUAGAGAAGAACAGAGCUUGUCAAAUCAAUUUCAAAGACUUAAAAGUAUCUCAAGAUGCCUUAGAUUUACUCUACAAAACUUUGGAACCAAAUCCCAAUAAUAGAAUUUCAUCUUUGGAAGCCCUCUCUCAUCCCUUUAUCUCUAGAUUAUAUAAAAGAUAAAUUACUAGUAUGGAUGAUAUCCCCUUGGAUGAUUUACCCAGUGACAACUACAGUGCUUUUGAAAACAUGAAGAAAUUUUGUCAGAACAAUCUGAGAUUCAAAGUGUCCAAACUUAAAAAAAAUGAAUUGCUCCAAUAGACUCCUUUCAUGGGAACCAGAGAAUAUGACCCAAUUAAAGCAUCCUUUGAUAGUUGGCUCUAUGAAAAAACAAAUGAAAUGGAAUCCAAAUAAACUAUACGGACUCCCUAAAUUCAAUAACAAGAAUCCUCAGGCUCCGAAUUUUCAAUUCUAAGUACUCCUGAAUCAAGAAAGGAUACCCAAAAGUUUAUUCAACUCAACCCUUUGCAAUAAAUAGCUUGUAAACACUCACCUAAUUAAUCGAUAUAUUCACCUAAUAAUUAAUAAAAAGAGUAAAUUCAAAUGAAUUUCAAGAAAGCCAACCAAGUUAGAGAUUAAUUAAAAAAAAUAAGUUUUUGA